AUGGACUUGACGUUGGACUUGCGCUUGGUGUCAACAAAGUACAAGCCUUCGUCCUUCUUGUCCAACUGCAAAUUCAUGUCCACAGUGUCGUCAGCUUCGUUCUCGGAAUCUUCUUGGAAAACCAUGCUUAAACGAGCCUUGGCUCUUGGAUCCAGCUGGGUCACUGGUUUAGGAGGAGGAUUCACUGAAGGAGUAACACCGUGCGAGAUGGAACGUCUGUUGAUAUUUUCCAAGUCGCUGGCGUUCAAAAUGCGAGAAAUACGCUCCAUUGGGUUGGAAGAAAGUCUUUUACUCGAGAUCGAUCUGAUCGACUUGGAAGAUUCUCCCGAGCUUGAACCUUUCACAGAUGCAGCAGCGUCAAAAAGCGAAGCAAAAGUAGAUUGUCUCUUCUUUGCAGUAAUCAACGAAUGUCUAACGGUUUUUCUAGAAGAUUUGGAAGACUUGUCAUCAUCAGCAAGUAAAGCACCUGCAGCGGCCAAAGAACUGGCAUUGCUCAUACGGUUGGACUUGCCGUCAAACAGCAUAUCACACAGAGCAGCGAAAUCGGCAGACGCGCGCUUUCCGUACUCCUGA